UUUCGUUCUAUUCCGCGUCCAAAUUGCAUUGUGGGAUAUGCAUUUUUUGUGCACUUGACAUCGCUGUCAUGCGUCCAUGGAAACACAGCAAACAAACGAGACAGAUGUACACGAGAUGAGAGUGAAAUUCCAUAGACGUAGGCGAGGAAAACAGGUGUCUACAAAAUGAUGAAAGCUGCCAAUGUUGUCAUUUUGUAUUUAUAAAACUGUGCAAAAUGCCUAUAAUUAAAGUUCCAGUUGUCCAUAAUUUGGGUAUAAUUUCCCAAACACACAAAGAGGAUUUGCAAAAAAGACUUUUCAAAAAAGCUCAGGAAAUAACAAUCACAACCAAUUCAAAGGCUACCAGAAACCCAUUUGAAAUAACAGAGGAGUUUAUCAGAAAGUACAACAAUUCCCAUGGCUCUGAGGAACAAGAAAAGUAUAAUGAGCUGGCACGACAACUACUUAGCCGAAGCAAGCGCAGAGCUGGACUGAAAUGCAUGGGUGAGGGCUACCACGUUCAGCUUCCUCUGGCAUGGGCAGAGCUGCUGUUGCUUGGUUUGUGCCGUGGUAAAAUUCAAAAUGAUUCCCUGGAUUCCCUUCUGAUGUCACUGGACCAUGCUCCAGUGCAUGAAGAACAGAUUCCCGCCCUCUUUUACCUGGGAGAGUCAGUCUUGUACUGGGUCUGUACUGAUACGUCCCAGAAGCCCAAUUUGUACACCUGCGAAGUGAAGAUAUUGAAGCUGGGAUAUUUGGUCUUCUUGAGACUAUUUCUCUUUCACAUCUCUGGAAACCUGAGUGGAUACCAAAGAAGCAAAUCCCAUCUUCACGUUUUUUUAAAAGCUCUGUCUCAGUGUGAGCCAUGCUACCAACCGUAUCCAAACAUCUUGCUCUCAGUGCACUUCAUGUUACGUUCAGGGGAGAUCAUUUGUGGACUGGAACCUUUUGAAGAUGAUUCAGCAUCAGCUCAGGCAGACUGUCAGGAGUAUGACAUGAACCAGGUGCUCUGGCAUUGUCUUCUCAGUUGGUACUGCGUACAAAACAAUGUCCGCCAGCUCUCCCAAGUGGCACAGCACCUCAACAUGCUGAGAGAGGAGCUGCAGAAAGACAACUGGGUGGACUGUGCUUUGGGAUUAAUGGUUCUGGGUGAGGCUGCAAAGUCCAGCUUGUUGUGCCUUCAGAUGUUGAUGAGUCUCCACAUCAACCCAAAGACAGAGCUGGAUGGGAUUAUAGAAGAAAACGAAGGUAUGUCUCAGAGUGGUUGCUGGCCAUGGCAGUUGGAACACAUCUAUACCACUGUGUUAGCAGACAUAUGCCAGCAUAGCAGCAAUGCAGAGAUACAGAAAACAGCUCUGCUGGGCAGUCAAACCCCUCCAGGAUAUCACAAUACUGAUGGACUGCUUAAACUUCUGAACCACUCUGGCGCCGAGGCCUGGCAGCUGCGCUACAGUGCUGUUCAGGCUUUGGUGUGCGUAUGCCGAGGGCUCAGCGGAGCUGUGUUGCAGGAAGGGCUGAGGAAUGUGGCCUGGAUCACUCUGCAGGAACACCUGUGCCAAGAGACUGACCAGAGAGUCGGAGAUGCCGCCCGGGUUAUAGAGGCUGAAAUUAAUGUUUCAGAGAGCAGUCUUCUCAGUGAGGGAGGGAAGCCAUCAUCAUCUACCUCUGCUUCUAGCAUACCUGCUAGUCUACCUGGCCAACUGAUCACCUGGAGGUUAGCAUGUACCCUCUCUCAGCUCUACCUCCCCCCCACGCCUCUCCAGCUCACCCCCCACACCAAGGCCAAGAAGGAACCACCACCUCCCUCCAACAGGCCUAGGCUGGAAGCCUGUCCUCCACUGCCUAAAGAAACAGUCCCUGGCCCUGCCAGUAAGACGCAGCAUCCAACCAGACAUCCAGAGGAAUAUCACAGUGCCCCGGGAAAAAGUAAGAAACAUCAAACUUACAUGGACUUCAAUGCACGUACAGAUGUUGACUUGAUGAGAGUUGUGGAGGACCAGUGGCAAAAAGAACUACAGAUCAAAAUGGCAGAGGAGGAAGAUGCUGAACAAAAUGAAUUAGAGAAAGUACAAAAGGAAAAAGAGGAACAAUUCAAAGAGAUUAUGAGGAGGCGGGUGGAGAAAGUCAAGAAGGACACCAAACCAUAUGAGCUGCCUGAAUAUCAACAAAUGGGAGGUCAAAUCUGAAUCUGAAAGAGACAUACAUGACUUGUGCCAUGCUCUUUGUUAUAAUACUGAUCCAAAAACAUUUUUACCAUGGUGAUUGCAGCUAGCAUUAUUUUGGAGGGAAUAGUGUCUUACAACAAGUGCAAAUUGUUUUAUGCACUUUAUUUCAUUUAAUUGGCCAAGGUAACUUGGGUUUCAUCCUUUUUUAAUCUCACAUUAUAUUUACAGAAAGAUAGAAAAAAAAUUGACAAAAUGUGACUCUUAGCGAGCAACAUUGGUAGAAAUUUGUGUGAACAUUCCAAGUGAACUCGCAGUGCAGUUUCCCUUUACCUGCAAGUGAUUGAAUGGAACAAAACAUCCGACUUGUGUGCUCUACCAAGAGGAGCUUCACAAAACGACAGUAGAGGUGGUGUAAGUGAGGACGUUGCACAUCUCUGUUGAAGCAGUAGAUAUACUGCACUGAGGUUAUCAUAAGAUGUGAUAAAAAAAA